UGGCUGCCCAAUUGUUUAACGACUUCGAACGCUGAUAUAUCAAAUUUUACAUAUAAAAAGCAUUUGCUUGCACUUUGAUGUGUCAAAAUUCAGACAAUAAUCCGCCUUGACUAAUAUCUUCUUUAAAUCUCUUUCUGCAUAAACAAAAAUUAAAUAGUAAUAGAAAAACUUUAAACAUGUCCAAAACAUCCGAACAAAAAUGUAUGGAAAUUUUAAAAUCCACCGAAGAAGUGGCCGAUCAGGUUCUAGUCAAUAAACAAGAAUUAAUAAAUCUAGACCGCAGACGCCAGCAAAAUCGUGAAGCUAUACGUGAGCUAGAGAAAAAUCCCGAACAACAAGAGAAAAAAGUAUGGACUACUAUUGGCAGUAUGCUGGUGAAAUUGGAUCGUCAAAAAGCUUUGGAACUAUUGAAAAAAGAUCAAACACAAAUUGAACGUGAAAUAAAAAUUUUACAAUCGGAUCAAAAAAUUUUAGUUAAUAAACAUCGUGAUCUGGAGCAUUUCUCACCGUAUUCGGGUACAAAUAUAAAACCUUUAGAUCGUAAGGAAUUCAGUGCAUUAAAGGCCAAUUUACCCAUGUUGUGAAUUAUGUCUUUUUUAAUGAUAAUUAAAGUACAUACUUUUUUAUAUAAAUGAAUAAAUUAUGUUUUCAA